AUGUCCUUUGAAGAACUGAAUUUUGUUCCAUCAUUUUUACAAACGACUGGAGCUGAUGUUAUAAUAUCCAGAUCAAUACAACUUCGAGAUUGUUUAUUAUUGACACAUGAACUUUGGAAAGCUAGGAAGAAUGAAAAAGAUUCAUUGAAGGAACAUUCUGUAGAACGAAGACGAUCACUUGCAUCGAGACGAUUUUCACAGAUGAAAAUUCAAUCAAAAUUACCGACAAUUGUUCAAAAUGUAUCAAAACCAUUUGAUGAAUUUCUAUGUAAUUUCUUUAAACAAAUUUAUGGUAUUGAACAAAUACGUAUUGAAUGGGUAUAUGGUUUUUAUGAAAUGUUAAUCAAAGAAAAUAAUAAUUAUAAACUUAAUGAAUUAAGAAUGAUUAUUGAAAAUAAGAUGGAUGAAGAAUGUCAUUGGCACUUGGAAUCAUGGAUACUAUUUAUUAAAGAACAAAUACUAAUAUUUAUUGAUAGCAGUAAUAAUAGUUCAGUCAUAAUGCCGACUACUGAAAACUCUGAAGAAAAACAAAAAGUAAUCUUAAAACAAACUUUACAUGAAGCGCUAUUAAAUAUAUUCAGUCAGCAAGAUUUAAACAACUUAAAUAUCAUAAUUGAAUCAGCUGAAGAGUAUGCAAGUUUACAAAUAAAAGACUCAUCUCCAAAAUCGUUAACAAAUAUGGAUGAAGGCGAAAGCAAAGAUAAUGACAAUAUACAGACUAAUUUACAGAAUAUGCUUGAUUUUAAUAAAUUAUUCGAUAAUGUACAUGAUGAAGACUUCAAUCCAUUCUUAAAAGAAUUAAUUUCAAUAUAUAAACACUUAAAAGCAACAUUUGUCAAUGGAAUUGUCACCGAACUUCAGAAGUUAAAAUCAGAUGGAGUACAAUCCAACAACGUAACAUCAGUUCAAGUAAAGCAUGCAAUCGAAUGCAUAGCUCCAUCCACUGCUGUCACAUUGAAUGUAAGACCAAAAAGUGGGAAACCCAUCACAACACAACAGCAACAGUAUACACUAUCGAUUGAUAUCGAAUCAAGUUUAGAAUGGUUGUUUAAAAUUAAUCCAAAUGAUUCACCAUUACAAUCUAUACCUUUGAAUCAGUUAACAACACGCCUUGAAGGAUGCAAUCUGUUUUUUAGAAACUAG